UUCGCGUCCCCCAGCCCGCCUCCCGUUCCUUCGCCUCAGCUCUUCAACCGAUCCACCCUUCGCCACCGUGCUUAGCCUUCUCUUCCCUUAUUUGUGCGGCUGCCUUUCUUUUUGUGGUUGGAAGACAUAGUAAUGACGACCUCCACCGUCUCCAAAGCUACCGUCUAGGUUUCGUCGGAGGACAUUCCCCCCUGCAAAGCAACAGAAAGGAAAAAAAGAAAAAGAAAAAGCCAUGACUGCUAUCCCACAAUUCAUCUUCCCCGCGCCAUCUUUGUAUUAUUUCUAAUUUAUUUUGGAUGUCAAAAGACAUUGAUGAAGGUAUUUUCUCUGGAGUCUCCUUCCUUGCUCACCCGGCGCUUCCCGAUGUGAUCCGAGCGAGAGAGCUCCGUGCGCGCCCGCCCGAGCAACCAACACCACAAUGUCUCGCCGCAAGCAAGGGAAACCCCAGCACUUAAGCAAACGGGAAUUUUCGCCCGAACCUAUUGAAGCCAUUCUUACAGAUGAUGAACCAGAUCAUGGUACCUUGGGAGCUCCAGAAGGCGACCACGACCUCCUUACUUGUGGCCAGUGUCAGAUGAACUUCCCUUUGGGGGAUAUUCUUAUUUUUAUUGAGCACAAACGGAAACAAUGCAAUGGCACUCUUUGCCUAGAGAAGGCUGUGGAUAAGCCCCGUUCACCCUCGCCAAGCGAGCUGCGAAAAACUUCCAAUCCUGUGGAGGUUGGCAUCCAGGUCACACCUGAGGAUGACGAUUGUUUGUCAACGUCAUCUAGAGGAAUUUGCCCCAAGCAGGAACAUAUAGCAGGUAAAGAUGAACCCAGCAGUUACACGUGUACAACAUGUAAACAGCCAUUCAACAGCGCCUGGUUUCUCUUGCAACAUGCACAGAACACUCAUGGAUUAAGAAUCUACUUAGAAAGUGAACAUGGAAGUCCUCUGACACCGCGGGUUGGUAUCCCAUCAGGACUAGGUGCAGAAUGCCCUUCUCAGCCACCACUCCAUGGGAUUCACAUUGCAGACAAUAAUCCUUUUAAUCUUCUUAGAAUACCUGGGUCAGUCGCGAGAGAAGCAUCAGGUCUUGGAGAAGGGCGUUUCCCUCCCACACCUCCUUUGUUUAGUCCCCCUCCGAGACAUCAUUUGGAUCCACAUCGCAUAGAACGCCUAGGUGCUGAAGAAAUGGCUCUUGCAACCCAUCACCCCAGUGCCUUCGACAGGGUGCUGCGACUCAACCCCAUGGCCAUGGAGCCUCCAGCUAUGGAUUUCUCCAGGCGGCUUAGGGAGUUAGCUGGAAACACCUCUAGUCCACCAUUGUCACCGAACCGGCCCAGCCCUAUGCAAAGGUUACUACAACCAUUCCAGCCAGGCAGCAAGCCACCAUUUCUGGCAACACCUCCUCUUCCUCCUCUUCAGUCUGCUCCUCCUCCUUCUCAGCCUCCUAUCAAAUCCAAGUCCUGUGAAUUUUGUGGAAAAACCUUUAAAUUUCAGAGCAACUUAGUUGUCCAUCGUAGAAGCCACACUGGAGAAAAACCCUACAAGUGCAACCUUUGUGACCAUGCAUGCACUCAAGCAAGCAAGUUAAAACGCCACAUGAAAACACACAUGCACAAAUCCUCCCCAAUGACUGUGAAGUCAGAUGAUGGCCUCUCAACAGCCAGUUCCCCAGAGCCUGGAACCAGUGACCUUGUUGGCAGUGCUAGCAGUGCCCUAAAAUCUGUCGUGGCUAAGUUUAAAAGUGAGAAUGAUUCCAAUAUUAUUCCAGAAAAUGGGGAUGAAGAAGAGGAAGAAGAGGAGGAGGAGGAGGAAGAGGAGGAAGAAGAAGAGGAGGAGGAUUUGACUGAAAAUGAAAGGCCAGACUAUGGGUUUGGCAUCAAUCUAGAAGCAGCUCGGCACCAUGAAAACAAUUCCCGAUCUAUUGAGGAGAAUCGUUCUAUCCCGGAUGUCAUGCAAGGGAUGGUCCUGAGUUCCAUGCAGCACUUCAGUGAGGCUUUCCAUCAGGUUCUUGGUGAGAAACAUAAACGAGGGCACUUAUCUGAAUCUGAGGUGCAUAGAGAUACAUGUGAUGAAGACUCAGUAGCUGGUGAAUCUGAUCGCAUCGAUGAUGGUGCUAUUAAUGGUCGGGGGUGUUCCCCUGGUGAAUCUGCCUCCGGAGGUUUGUCCAAAAAGCUGCUCUUGGGUAGCCCAAGCUCCCUAAGUCCUUUUUCUAAACGCAUCAAACUUGAGAAGGAGUUUGACCUUCCCACGACAGCUAUGCCUAACACUGAAAAUGUUUACUCCCAGUGGCUAGCUGGGUAUGCUGCUUCUCGGCAGCUAAAAGAUCCAUUCCUCAACUUUGGAGACUCCCGACAAUCGCCUUUUGCUUCCUCCUCAGAACACUCCUCUGAAAAUGGAAGUUUACGCUUCUCGACGCCUCCCGGGGAGAUGGAUGGAGGGAUAUCAGGCCGCAGCGGUACAGGAAGUGGAGGGAGCACCCCGCAUAUUAGUGGUCCAGGCCCUGGAAGGCCUAGUUCAAAAGAGGGCAGACGCAGCGACACUUGUGAGUACUGUGGGAAAGUCUUCAAGAACUGUAGUAACCUCACUGUCCACAGGAGAAGCCACACUGGGGAAAGGCCUUAUAAAUGUGAGCUGUGUAACUACGCCUGCGCCCAGAGUAGCAAACUCACCAGGCACAUGAAAACGCAUGGUCAGGUGGGGAAGGACGUUUACAAAUGUGAAAUUUGUAAGAUGCCUUUUAGCGUGUACAGUACCCUGGAAAAACACAUGAAAAAAUGGCACAGUGAUCGAGUCUUGAAUAAUGACAUAAAAACUGAAUAGAGGUUGGCGUAGCGCCCAGGGAACUCCCGAUGUGUGGCAAAUUCCGGAUGGAAGCUCAAGGACGCUUAAAUUCUGAGAGAAUUUGAAACGCAAUGGGGAUUUGCGCCACGUAUGUGACAUCCAAGUGGGGUUGGCUGUUCGGUUAGUUUCGUGAUGCUACCUGACUGAACAGCAUCAAAAGCAGGAUCUUUGCAGACACCCCUCUGCCGCCUGUCCAGAAGACUUUCUAUUUAUAUAUUUUUAACAAAAUAGCAAAACCACAUCAUUGGGGAAAAAUCUUUCAUCAAGGGCUUUCUUAUAUAUAUCUAUAUUCCUUUUAUUUGACAAUCUUGUAUGCCAUUUUGUUCCUAGAAUGGCAAUGGGAAAGCCACCUAAAAAUAAUAGAGUGAUCCAAUAAACAAGGAGUUAUUAAAUCAAAACCUUUUACUCAGGCACAUCUACAUUUCUCAUUUAUGAUGUCCAAAGCCUGAAAGAACACACAUUUUUAAAAACCUUUAAAGUUCAGGAAGGCUUUUCCCCUAAACCUUUGAACUUCUACAUGAGUCACAGAGCAGACUGUAGUUGAAUUGGGGUGGGCACCCUAUGGGUUGCAUGUGACUCCCGAGUCCACUUUUUGCAAUUCACUGAGUCUGUCAAGAUCAUACAAUCAACAUUUGGUGGGAACUACCAAAUAAUGAUGGCGCCAAUUCUCAAUGAGAAAUACAUGAAAAUAGGUGUAUUAAUUUCUGAUGGAUUUAAUGCACUGAUCAAAUUUUAUCCUUCCCAGCCCCUCCCACCAACAGAAAACAUUUCUUCUCUGGUGAUUCUAUUAUGUUACUGCACAAUCUACUGCAGCUGUAGCAACCACGGUCCUUGGCCAUGGAAAACUUGCAAGACUUGGACAGAUUAGUUUUAUGAGGUCUGGUUCAAUAUAAAAUAAUUUCUUCGGCUUUACUUACUACAGCAUAAAGAGAUAGCUCUCUUUUUAAAGUAUAUGCUGAAUAUUUCAAGGCCAAUUUUAGGAAUAUCUGACUGACUUUUUAUCCACUUUGUUUAACACCUAUUCUUCUCUAAUGGAGAAUGCAGAAGGGAGAGCACAGUAAACAGGAACUCUUGUGGCAACAUCUAACAUAGCCAAUGCUUGCAAUGACAUAAUGGUGUGCCAGCUGAUGUCACAUGUGGAACAACGGCUUCCAUUGAUUUCUGCUGGUUUAUUUUGUGCAUACUAGUAGCCAAAACUCAAUGUAAAAGCAACAUGUCACAGUGCAACGUCUUCCCUAACUAGUAGAAGUGGAAUACUAUUAUUUAGCCCAUUGGAAGUUUUAAUCAAGUGCCUGUUAGUUAAAUAUGAUCAAACAUGAAGUCCAAUCAUGGAAAUGGCCAUGUUCUUUUCACAGAAUAUGUCCCAGUGUUUCUUAUGGGAAUAUUGAAAUUGUAACCCUCUUUAGAGUGCUUUUCCUCCUUCCAGUGAAGCCCCAUAGCUUUGCUUUUCCCAUAAGAUACAUGCUAUAAGUUGUUUGAACAAGAAGAGAUUUAAAGAGAAGCAGAAAGCUGGCAGAAGCAGCCACUGCAGUGGCACAAGUCCUGAAUAUCUGCAGGUCUGAAAUACAUUUGGAUCCUGAUCUUUUCUUAUGGAAGCGAGUUCUUUGCGUGAAUUGGUAUGGGCAGACAACUAGUGUCCUCUAAAUAUUUUUUAUUAUAAUUCCAACUGUCAUUUGCUGAUAGGAAGUUCCAAAACAUUUGACAGAAGCAAUUUGCUUACCCUUGUUGAAAAAUUAAUAAAGGACAGAAAUAAAAUGGGCUUGGAAUCUGAGAAUUUGAAGGGAGACUUCUAAACAACUAAUUCAAUUCCCUGUGAUGUAAGAAAUUAAGAGCCAAAGUAACAUCUGCAGAUUAUUUUCCCUUCCUCUAUCUGGAGGCCUCCAGUGAAGCAGAACCACUAACCUUCGAUGCUUGGUUCCAUUAUCAAGCUUCUCUUGAAGACAAGAAAUUUUUUACUAAUGUAGAACUGAAAUCUGUCAUCCUUCAUGAUAAGUCUGUUGUGCUGCCUUGACCAGCAUGGAAUAUAUCUUUUCUAUCUUCUUUUGAUAG